AACAGGGGUGGACUGCCCAUUUGGAAACUUGGGCACUGCCCAAGGGCCCGGGGUCAGUAGGGGGCCCCAUGAGAUGCCCCUGGUACCUUUUUCAUAGUUUUUUUUGAGUUUGGGCAAGGACACAGGGGCCCCAUGAUCCCCUAUUGCCCAUGGGCCCCAUGAGUUGUCAGUCCGCCCCUGUUUCCAAAUGGUCAGUCUGCCCCUGCUGCCUCAUCAUUGGUAUUAAUGGAAGGAAUAGGACCUCA